AUGGCAACAGGCGAUGAGAUUAAGAAACCAGGCGCCUCUCUGUACGUUCGAGGGUCCUGCACGGAUCAAACAUGGCGCAGCUCUGCCUGUCCAUUGUUCUGUAUCAACCAGGACCCUCCGAACCGCGACAAUCUUGCCGGUGGACAGGGGAUUGAAAAGUGUCCAAACACGGACCUGGAUAUGUACUACUGCAUCGACCACAAUAUGGGGAAUGUCAACUGCAGUGCUCAACACCAGGUGUUGAUUUUCCAAGGAACACCUACCGCUGUGACUACGAUUGGUGUGACAGCGACGACAAAUAUUCCAUCUUCUACUUCAUCAAUAUCCUCAGUCACAGCAAAUUCUUCGGCGGCUGUUACAACAACCAGCUACUCAACGACGACGGGGAGUCCAUCACCAGCUGCAAGUAAAGUAGCCGCGGAAACGACCACCUCUGCUGCAGUCGAGCCGAAGUCCGCUCAAAAUCAUACCGGAGUCAUCGCGGGCGCUGCAGUUGGCGGUUUUGUCUGUCUAGCAGCCAUCGCAGGACUCGUGUUCUUCUUCCGUCGUCGCGCGAAGAGACAGAGAGAGGACCGACUUGGGCUGGCGCCCUCGUCUCAGUUGAGCUCAGGGAACGUUUACAUGACUGAUGUUUCGGUCGCGCGGCAAUCUAUCCCGUCCAAGCAGGGAGCGAAGGCGUUGUACGAGGCUCCUGGGACUGAGUAUCGAAGGUAUGAGCUUGCUGGGUGA